UCCCCCCAUAUAACCCCGCUCCCCCCACAAUCCCCCACACUCCCACCAUGGGGAACAGCCGCAGCGGCGCUCUAUCCCGCGAGGUCCUCCAAGAACUCCGUGCCUCCACGCGUUACACGGAGGAGGAGCUGAGCCGUUGGUACGACGGAUUCCAACGCCAGUGCCCCGAUGGCCGCAUCCGCCGCGACGAAUUCGAACGGAUUUACAGCAACUUCUUCCCCAAUUCGGAUCCCCAAGGCUACGCCCGCCACGUCUUCAGGAGCUUCGACACCAACGACGACGGCACGCUGGAUUUUAGGGAGUACAUCAUCGCCCUGCACCUCACCUCGUCCGGGAAAACCCACCUG